UGCUCCCGUUUGUUCUGCCAUUGUUUGCGCAGAAACGAGUGCAUGAUUUCCACCGAAUAAUAAGUAAAAGCGCGAACGGAACCGGAAAUUGACGGAAAAUGAUUAAAUCAAAUCGUGAUAUUCGUGAUCAAUCGGCCCAAAUAAGUGACUCGUCUCAAAGUUGUCGAAAAUGACACAAUACUGGACACUAAAAAAAGUUAUGCGUGAAUAUAGUUAAUUCGGGCUGUACACCAUUAUACAUUCACUAAAUUAAUCUUUACAGUUCUGAGAUUUUUUUGACUUUAAAAAUACCAGUGGAAUAUUCCUUACAUGUGUAAUCCUGCUUAUAGUAUCCGAAAUAUCCCGUGAAUGGUUUUUACCCCUCUCAUCAUUCAGCCAAAUUUGCAAUGAUUAUAAUAUCCGUUGGAAUGCAAUCAGUGAUUUUAUAACCCCUACUGCAUAGUUACAUCACAAGAUUGAAUUUUUUUUAUUUCUGGGUGACUAUUAUUUAAAAUUGCGUGUGUUGGAUAGUUUGUUCUAUUUGUUUACGUGUUUUCAUGAGCCAUGAACGGUCUAAGGAUCUCAUUUUUGCUCUUGACGAGUCACUUUAUGCUGGUCAUGGCGUCGUCUGAUAUGAAAUUUGAAUCUGAAGGAUAUUUCCGCGGGCUCAUGUCGAAAGAUGAAUUUUUAUUGGAGUUCCUGGAUCUCAUUAUCGAAAAGGAGGAAAGGAAAGUCCAAGAUCUGAAGAACAUAUUAUCAGCAUUGGAAGAGGACAUUGAACACACGACAGAUCUUAAUUCGUACACAGAGGACAUCAAUAAGUCUUUAAAGUUGAUGAAGCGAAUGGCUUAUGAUUGGCGCGUAAUUACUAAUUACGUAGCUGAGAAUGUCACAGAAGAUGUGAUGCGCAGUAUGUCAAAUCGUUUAGCUAGUGAAUAUGGACAUCUUCCCGAUCCUGAUAUACGUCUAGCCAUCGAGAAUCUGAACAGAUUGAGGUCGUUUUCCGAUGUCACGCAUUCUGAAUUCGUGAAUGGAAAUUUGGGCCGCGUGAAAUUAAACUCAACCCUUGAUGCUAAUGACUGCUACUUAAUUGGCAAGCAUACACUUGAUUAUGGUGACAUUGUGGAGGCAACAAAAUGGUUAGCUGAGGCAUAUAGACUCGUCGGCAACACCGAGGACAUAUUCAAAACAAACGAAAAAACCCUGAAACUCCUUGCAAAAAUAUACUUCAAAACCGGGCGGUUCGAGGAGUUGAAGAAAGAAAUCAACAGCGUGAUAGGCUACGGGAAAAUGCGCGAUGAUAAACCGAUGAAGUUCCUGUUCGAGAUGGAGGACCUCAAGACGGCGGCGGAGGCGGCGGCGAAGAACCAGACGAAAUCGGAGAGCACCCCCAAGGAGAAGGCGGAGGACCUCAGGCCCUACGCCGACGCCUACCCGAAGCUCCCGCCCAUCUUGAAGGUCCUGUCGCCCUCCGUCAAGACCGAGGAGGAGAUGAAGGCCCAACCAACCGAGGCCGACCAAGUUCCGCCGGAGAUCAUGGAGCAGCUCCUCGGCAAAUCCGAAGAGGAGCUCAUGGAAAUGGCCAACAAGCCCAUGACCUUUGAUGAACUCUUGGGCUCCGUCAAAGGAACCGCCUAGUUAUCCAUCAUCGAGGCCGCCAUUGGACGUAUUUCUAUCAAACAGCAGUGGCGUGGCGUGAAUAAUCCAUUAUCCAUAUCUUGCCAUUUGAAGCUAUGCUAAAGAAUCGAUUAUUUAGGUGUUCGCUGCCAACACCCUCAUAAUCGAUCUUUUUUAAUAGGUUUGAGUGGCGUAUCAAUCGAUACAUCGCGAAGCACGCCACGCCACUGUCAAACAGAACUAUGUGCAGGUGAGAAAUACGAGGUGUGCUCUAGAAAGCUGGAUAAGAAGCAAUGUAAAAGUGGGCGUGAUUCCUUUUGAAGAAUUGGAAAAGCGGGAUUUUAAAUGGACCGCGUUUAACACAAAGGGACCAAGCCAUAUCGGCUAUUGCCAAAUUUAAAUGGGUACUUCAUUUUUUUACGAGAGAAUGCUUGUGUGCAUUCCUUUGAAAAUGUUAAGGAAAUUGCUUCGUAAUAUGGAGAGAAUCCACUGAAAUUUGCACGAGAAUCCGCAUAAUCGUUUUCUUGUAAACCAUUAAAUUGACCAGUAAAAUUCGGCAGUAGCUGAUGUGGCUUGGUUCAUUUCUGUUUAACGCAGUCCAAAUUGAGCAAAGAGAACCAUAAGCGAACUGAAUGCGGGAUCCAUGAGCCGCGGGCAUGGCACCAGAGCGUUGUGCAAAGGGCUCAUGAGUUAAAGACGAUGCGGAGGCGGGACGACGGCGGUUCCAUCUCCGUUGACGUCACUGGCGCUUUAUUUUCCCAUUCACUCUUAUGGCCAGAGAAUUAACGAGCACACCCCAUAUUUCUCACCUGCUCAUAAUUCUGUUUGAUAGAAAUACGUCCAAUUAAGGCAUAUUUGGUUUAAAAAGCACGUAUGAGACUUCAAAUGCUGCUAAGAUUGUGCGACGUAGUUCUCUAGUUGUAACUAACUUAUCCGACAGUUCUGCUUUAAAUGUUUCCGAGUUUUUCAUCUUCACUAUUGCAAGGAAGUAAGUGGGCUGUGAAUGAAUUUCAUCUGCCGCAAACGCUAUGAAACAUGGCACAAUCUUAGCAGCAUUAAAAGUCUCGUACGCCCUUUUACCCAAAAAGUCCUCAAUUAUUGACGACCUCUUUGAUAAAAAGGCGUAUAAUCCAAUUCUGCUAAGAAUCAUUGCCCCUCCGACGUAAGGGCUUAUCUCACUUUCCACGUAAACCUCGUUUUACAUAGGCAUCCGUGCUUUUUGAGGCUCAUGAAAAAUUCAAGAUACGCCCCUAUGCCAGAGGAGCGACGGAUUGUGCCACUUGGUUCUUCAAUUACAAGUAACUUAACCAAAGUCAGAGGCGGAUCCAGAAAUUUGGCAACACCGGAUACCCUCCAUUUAAACCUAUGCUAAAUAAUCGAUUUCUGUUGAAACACCUGGCCCCUCCAAGGAUCGAUACAUUUCUAUGGGUUUAAAUAGAGAAAGGACGAUGUUGCCAAUUUUCUAGAUCCGCCAAGCUCUUUCAUGAAUUUUUCACAAUAAAUCUGCUCCGAAUUUUGCAUCACCCUCAUUGUUGUGUGAAAUUAAGUCGAAUUGCAAUGAAUUUAAUUUGCUCCAAGUUCUACGAGAAAUUACAUAGUCUUAGCAACAUUGAGAACCUUAUACGCCUUUUUUCAUAAAGAAGUCAUUAACUGUGGUCGUUUUUCAAACAACGCCUCUCUCAAGAAACAGCCACACCAACGGCAAAAUAUGCUAGCAAUUUAUGCCAGAAAUACAGAAUUUGAAAAUCUU